ACUUGUGUUCUUCGUUAGUAGGGCCAGUCAUUAUCGUCUGUGAUAUCCCAAUUUUUGGGGACAGGGAUGGACCUUAAUCUCUCUGGGAUGCUAACAUUGUUAGGGAUGACCAAACCCCGAAGCAGAGGCAUUCCUCCUUCAUCCACUUGUAACUCCUUCACAUCACCCCCGUAAAUAAAUAGAAUUUCGAGUUGAGGGAACCCUCCUGCAGUGCAAGCAAAUUUAUAUACGCCGUAUUUCCACAAGUCAAGAAUUGUCAGCUUUCGAAGUUUCUCUAAUGACGGCAUAGGAUCUUCCUCCAUUUCCGAUCCCUCCAAGUCGAGGUAUUUGAGAUUCGCACUGCAUCAGUUGGUAUCAGAGCCAGGUUACGUUCUUGCAAACAUGCCACUAAGGAGACGUAUUGUAGAUGAAGUUUUUGAGGCUAAGAAAGUGAGAAUGCAACGACAAAUUGAUGCUCUAGCCAAACAGAUUACAAUCUUGUCCAUUGCCAUGAAGAAACAACAACAACAACAACAGCCGAAACUUCGUAAUCCAUAUUUUGACAAAGAUGAAAAGGUAAUUAUGAAUCUGGAUUCCUUUUCUUCCAACUCACAAGUUAAUUGGGAUUUUCCUCCCUCAUAUGACGAGUAUCGUGAAGAAGUCAUGGAAGAAAUUAUAGUUAAAGGAGACGUAGGAGAUUUUCUCGACGAUAUAGAAGACGAAAUUGAAAUUGAUCUAGAAGGUACUAUAAUUCACAAAAUAUUUAGUGAGGAAGAGUUUGAUGAUAUAUUAUUAGAUAUAAAUACUUUAUUUUUGGAAUCACAAGUUGAUUGGAAUUUACUUCCUAAAUUUGAUGAAUAUUUAGUGGAGAACGAGAUUGAAAUUCAUGAAGUCAAAGAAAAAUUUAGACAUCGUGAAUAUGUUCUAACUGAUGGCUGUGUGUAUGAGAUUUUGCAAUUUAGUGAUGCAAUCGAAUUAAGGAAAAAUGAUCAAGUGGAAGAACUGAAAAAUGACAGUAAUGGGGUCAUAUUGUUCGUGUCCAGCAAAGAAGACAAAAAUUCAUUACCAUAUGGAUUUGAUCAAAAAAGAAAACCUGUUGAAGUCGAGAUGGGAAUGGACUUAUUCCAACAAAACUACCAUCCGUGGAGUUUUCAUUACAGUGUAUUUGAAGAUCAAUUGCUCGAAGAUGCGAAGCGAAAUUUCUGUAGUCAGAAUUUGUACUACAAAGAAGAUGGGUUAAAUUUAAUGAAGAAAAUUAUUUAUUUAAUUUCAAAAGAUUCCCGUUUACAAUUCAUGUUUGAGAAAAUUAACCUCAAAUACAAGGUUGAUGCGGAUCAGUGCGGACGUACCAAGUUAUUUCAAGUAAUGGAAACUCGAGGACGAGUUUUCUCAAGCGGGGAAGAAUGAUGCAGACUAAAUUUUAGAAAAUAAGUAUUUUUAUUUUAUUAUUUUAAAAUUAAUAUUUGACCAUGAAUAUUCUAAAUUGGUAUAGAAUAUUAUGGAAUUAUUUAGUUAUUUAGUUUCCUAAUUUAAUAUGAUGUAGUUUUCCUAUUUUCUUAGUUUUGAUUUCAUUUCCUAUUUUAUUUGUUUCUUGUUCUACAAGAAUUAGGUUCAUUAUAAAUAAAGAUGUAAGCCUUAGGGCAAGGGGGAGAGUUUUUUUGAUUAAUAUAUUUUGAGUUUUAUUACUCUUUGUUCCAACUUUGGUUAAUUCUGUAUGAAUCAACUUUGGUUGAGCCUUUAAACUCGGUAUUCUUAGGGAAUCAACGGGUCUAAAGAGGAGUCUUAUUUUCGGUAUUCUUGUGUGAAUCAAUGGAUCUAAAGAUUGUUACUAUUGUUUCGAUCAGCACUGCAUCAGUUUGCAAGUUACCAAUGGAUGGUGGAAUCUUGUUUAUUUUGGGGCCACUUAUCCUAAAGUACCUCAAGUGAAUCAACUUCUCUAUUGCAUCAUGUAAGCUUACAUGCUCUAUUUCUUCUUGGGAAUGAUUGAAUAUAAUUUCCUCAAGAUCUAACACUCUCAACAAUCUCAAUUUUUUGUACAGAAAUUGUAACUCCCCUAUUUCGGCGGAUUCAUUUUCCGAGUUGAACAACAAAAGGGUUCGUAAAUGCAAAUCUGAUGACUGAUCAAAGGAAGCAAACCUUUUUAAUCCACAGCUAUGAGAAGCUAGUCUUCGAUGUUUGCAGGGAGAGGGUGCGGAAUAAACAUUUCCAUCAUAGAUAU